GGCUGCGUUGACGUCAGCGCCGUGUUGAUUUGCUAAGGCGAGAGAAGAAAGGAGUUAGUGCGUGUAGAGAGAGCGGGUACUGCGAACUGCCUUACUAUGCUGUAGCCCCACUCCCCCUGCACUAUACGGAAUCAAAACGUGCAACUUAGGUUUCAUCUUGUUUACAAAGAUAGCUAAAAACACUGCUGAGUGGGGAAGGCGAGCCUCAUGAGUCGGCCUCGUGGAUUGCAUCGACAUAAUGGAUUUAACUAAAAUGGGUAUGAUCCAGCUCCAGAACCCCAACCACCCCACUGCCCUGCUGCAGAAGGCCAACCAGAUGCGUCUGGCCGGGACUCUGUGUGACGUGGUCAUCAUGGUAGACAGCCAGGAGUUCCACGCUCACCGGACUGUGCUAGCCUGCACAAGCAAGAUGUUUGAGAUCCUCUUCCACCGCAGCAGCCAGCAUUACACCCUGGACUUUCUUUCACCAAAGACAUUUCAGCAGAUUUUGGAGUAUGCUUACACUGCCACGCUCCAGGCCAAGGUGGAGGACUUAGAUGACCUUCUGUAUGCAGCAGAGAUCCUGGAGAUUGAAUACUUGGAAGAGCAAUGUCUCAAGAUCCUGGAAACCAUCCAGUCCUCAGAUGAGAAUGACGUGGAGGUCAAUGUUAAUGAUGGGAGCACAGAGGAGGAUGAUGAGCGCAAAGGCCACAAUGGAGCCAAGAACUCCAAAAAGCAUUCCGUGGAGAGUCCCUAUCUGUCAGGUACCCAACAAGUCUCCAUCAUGGCUGGCAUGUUGGACCAGAGUCCCUCUGUCUCCACCUCCUUCGGUGUCUCCACCCUGAGUCCCACCAAAGCUGCUGUUGACAGUUUGAUGAGCAUCGGCCAGUCUCUGCUCCAGCAGGGCUUUGAGGGUGAACAACUUGUCCACGGCAACUCCCACCACCUGAUGACUGAGAUCAAGACUGAAAUGAUGCAAGUGGACAUGGGUGGCAAUGGCCAUGAGAGCCCACCCAACAUGGAGUCCAGUGCCUCCAGCAAUGGAGACCGAAGUGGGGAGGACAGAAACCGAGAUGGUCCAGGAACACCAACCAGGAGCAGCGUAAUCACCAGUGCCCGCGAGCUACAUUAUGUCCGCGAUGAAGGCAUGGGCGACCCUCAAGCUGAAGUCAGCCAGAUGGGGCUGGAAGCAAUGGCCGGAAUGACAGAGAAGCAUCUGGCCUCGCUGUACUCCCUACCUGUCAAUCAUAAAUCAGAUGCCAUCAUGUCAAUGCCGGCAUCCAUGGCCUCCACUCUCCCCAUAUCCCCAGCCCUGGCUAUGUCUAUGGACUUCAGCGCCUACGGGGGACUCCUGCCUCAGAGCUUCAUCCAGAGAGAAUUCUUCAGUAAGCUCGGGGAGCUGGCAGUGGGCAUGAAACCAGACGGCAGGAACCAACAUGAACGUUGCAAUGUUUGCGGUGCAGAACUACCAGAUAACGAAGCUGUGGAGCAGCACAGGAAGAUGCACAGUGGAAUGAAAACCUACGGCUGUGAGCUGUGUGGGAAGAGCUUCCUGGACAGCCUCCGUCUACGGAUGCAUUUGCUGUCUCAUUCAGCUGGUGAGAAGGCCAUAGUUUGUGACCAGUGUGGUGCCCAGUUCCAGACAGAGGAAUCCCUGGAGGCUCACCGGCAGAUCCACACCGGGUCAGACAUGGCCAUCUUUUGCCUGCUUUGUGGGAAGCGUUUCCAGACCCAGACGGCAUUGCAGCAGCACAUGGAAGUCCACGCCGGCGUUCGCAGCUACAUUUGCAGUGAAUGUAACCGGACUUUCCCCAGCCAUACUGCACUCAAACGUCACCUACGCUCACACACAGCAGGGGACCACCCAUUUGAGUGCGAGUUCUGCGGGAGCUGCUUCAGAGAUGAGAGCACAUUGAAGGGCCACAAACGCAUCCACACCGGGGAGAAGCCCUAUGAAUGUAACGGCUGUGGGAAGAAGUUCAGCCUCAAGCACCAGCUGGAAACCCACUACCGUGUGCACACAGGUGAGAAGCCAUUCGAGUGCAAGCUGUGCCACCAGCGAUCCAGGGACUACUCGGCCAUGAUCAAGCACCUGCGCACCCACAACGGCGCCUCGCCCUACCAAUGCACCAUCUGCCUGGAGUACUGCCCCAGCCUGUCAGCCAUGCAGAAGCACAUGAAAGGCCACAAGCCCGAAGACAUCCCCCCAGACUGGCGCAUAGAGAAGACCUACCUGUACCUCUGCUAUGUCUGAGGCCGGUAGAGUGAAUGAAGAGAGGGAGGGUACGUGUGAGGGUGGGGACGGGGUUGAGAGGUAAGGGGAAUGUAAUUGAGCGGAUAGAAGGCAUGAGGCUGUGGUGGAGUGUUGACGAUUUUAGGAAUGUCAACGGCAAGAGACUUGAAAGCAAGAGGGUUUGUUUUCUCUUUUUUUCUUUCAUGCAAAGGCGGCAAUGACUGACGGGGUAAAAGGGUGGUGAUGAUGGGGCGAAAGUGCUAAGAAGAGGAAGACUUGGACACGGAGAGAGAUUCUCCAUCAUUGUUCGGAUUCACCGGGUCAUUCACUACAUCUGCAACUGUGUUAUUGUUUCAGGUCAUUUCAUGCAGCGCCAUAAAGUGAGCAAGCUGCAAGGAAGUGACUUUUUGGACGCUGCUGCCACAGUGGUGAGAAAGCAGAUUCUCAAGGGCUAUCUGAACCUACACGUUAUUGCCAUCAGGAACCGAAUCUUUCACUCCAUUUAGAGCUGGGGUUUUUUCCAAACAGGGGAAAGGGUUUUUUUGUUCUACUUUGGUAUUGGUUUGUUUACAUUCAUCCUGUUUGGUCAUACUAGUUUGGAUCACAUGAAGAAUAUGUGAAUAUGAGCAUCAGUGUAGGCCCCCCCAGUUCAUCAUAUCAUGGUUUGCUUUCCAAAUAUUGAGGAACUGCUGGCUUUCAGAAGCCAGAAUCCUUCUCCUUAUGGCCACAAACCUUCAUGUUAUGGUAGUUAUGAACCACAACAAAGUCAUCUUGAAGGAGGACUGAGACAUAUUUUUCAACAGUUUCACCACUCCCCAACAAACUGAAUUAAAGAAAUAUUCGCUCCAGAGUUUGAUUGAACUGCUUUGGGUGAACAUGCCCCAAAUCCUUUCCAUGCCUAAUGGGAAACCUCCUAUCAUUUCUGCCUGUGCAGUAGACACAGAUCUUCCCAGUUUUCACAGAAGUCUGCCAGUAUGACCUGUCUAUACAUGAAAUCCUUCAGAUCCCAACGGUGGCAGUGAGAUAGCCCCUGAGAAUCAGCAGCAGAGCCAGUAGGCGUAUGCAGUAGAUGAAACAGCUGAACUGGAUGAAUGGGAGCACUAAAAUACUGCAAACCAAGCACCUGUUUGGUUUUGAGGGGGGACGAUGCUAGUGCUGCUUUUUGUUGGAAGUCCCAGUUUUCUCAGUAGUCUUCCUGGUUCUCCAGCUCUGUCAGAUGAGGGCAGGAGAAAGUCGAGUCACCACUGGCCACCCACGGUUCUCCCCGGAGAGCCACAGGCUAACUUGCGUCACUUUUUCAUCUUUUAUUUUUUUAGCUCUGCAUCGUAGUUUAUCACGGCUUGAUUGCACAGGUAAAACAAAUUACGACAACAGUCUCUGUUUGAUGUCUGCAAGUUAUAUUUUUUUUUCAUUAAAUCAUAACUCGCUAUUACAGUAUAUCACAUUAAACCCAGCCUAUCCACCUACUCAGCAAUAGAUAACUGGACUGCUUUUAUCCAUGUACAUUAACCAGAUGACUCCGGUUAUCUCACACUAAUGAUGAACUACACAAACUGACACAUAAACAGUAACACUUUGACCACAACAGAUCUGUCAAUUCACCACAGUGAUGGAAAACAAAAAUGGGAAAAUGGUUAACGGCUGCUUUCCGUGGGAGUCCUGUGACUUCGACUGCUCGUAGUGAAUGUUGAAGAAGUGCUGGGAAUGCCUUAGCUGCACACCUUAGCGUUUGUCAAAGGUGGUGUAGCAGGUUGAAGACUGUUAUAUGGCAUAUAAACAUGAAUGUGAAAGACUGUGAGCCAGGUUCAUGCUAGGCUGUGUCAAAAUACAUAGUAUGUGAAUGCUGCCUUUCACUGGAAGUUAGACACCUAUAAUUCCCACCUUGUUAUUACUCUUCCUGCCUUCCAGUGGCUCAGUUCGGAAGAUUUUCCCCAUCCAGCAUCAAAUGCUGUUCCACUGGCAACGGCUCAUACAUUAGCUAGCAGCCGUAAAUGCUAUUUUACGUUUGAAAUGCAUAUGUAUAGUCAUUCACCACCAGGUGUUUUGGUUAAAAUGAUCUGACGAAAGGGCUGGAACAGAUCACAUAUUGGGGCCGUGGGGUCAUGUGAUCUUCAAAUUCAAACUGUAGUGUACAUUAAGGCAAGGCCAGAUUACUAACUGGGCAAAGCGGGAGGGACCCAUGGCCCCAGUCUCCCCAGGGGCCCCAGAAGCCUCAGAUUCACUGUGUGUCAGUAGAUUUUUGUUUGAGAAUAUACACCACUGGAGUAGAAUAUCAACUGAAAUAAGGACAUUAAGGCGGGUCCGUCAUUAUAUGGGGGCCCUUUACUGUAGUUAUAUUACAGAUGUUGUGUUUAAAUGGUGCAUAUUCCCAAAUACAUUUGCAUUGAUUUAAAUUACCACUAAGGCUUUAAGCAAAAUAUGAUUAAGAUGCUAUGGGUACUGUUUGUAUUGCAUACUUGUGUACACUAAUGUGCAGAGAGUGGGAGGAAAGUAGGAUCAGUAGGGGCCCUCAGCUCACUUUUCACCAAGGCUCCCUUGUGGGUUAAUGCAGGCCCUGCUUUGAGGGUUGUUAAAAUGUCAAAAGAUGCGUAGCAUUUAUAGUAUAUGCUGCACUGUUGACAACUGCAUCUUGGAAGAAAUGCAACUCUGAAUAUUCUUGCUCAAACUCAAAGGCUUAUUUUGAUCAGUAAGAGGUGGGAAUUUCUGACUUUCUGACAUCUCUGAAAUGCAGCAUUAGACCUGUAUGACACAGCCACAGAAAUAAUGGUUGAACCUGAAGACUUUAAUGAGCAUCACUGCAUGUCACAGCGUUACAAGGGUGAUCACAUAUCCCCUGAAAAGGGGGAAAUCACUGAUAGGACGAGACACGGCCUAGCAGCUUAGGGAGCGACCAGUAAGAUGACAGAAUAAAUCAACUCUUUCUCUGUGGUUUUGUCCCUGCGCUUCAUCUCUCUCGUCUCCUGUUGUUAUUGUUGUUGUUAUUAUUGACCUUGAGUUUGAUCUCAACACAUCGUACUUGAAUUACCUCGUUUUGUGACCUCAUGUUGCUUGUGUAUUUUAAUUUUCCCCUUUGUUUCAUUUGUACACUUUUUGUUUUUUGUUCAUGAGUGUAUGUCAAAAAGAUGCAUUGCACAACAUGAUGAAGCAAUGUGUACGCAGAAAAAAUUUAAGUGCCACGGUGAAGAGAUUUUGUUGUUUUCUAAUGUUGUGUAUUUCUUUGUGCAUUACGUGUUACCAAACUUGGUAUUAUUAACCCCGCUUGUUAAUGAGCCGGAAGGUUUGGUCAUUUGUUAUAAAAGCUACCUCUAAGUUGUUUUCAUUUUUUUUUUUUUUUGUUUUGCAAAAGCACAUUUUUUUGUGUUUGUGUUUUGCGUUAUUUCAUCAUUGCUACUUCAUCUCAUGCUUUUUUUUUCAAAAGUUGAUUUAUAAUUGUCUGUGUUUUUAAGCAAAAUGUAUAUAAAAGGGUAAGAGAUAACAAAAGUAGAGGUUGAUAGGAUUUGAAAAGUCAUUCAAAUGGAUGUUUAUUCUUCUCUUAUAGUCUCCCCCUGCCCCUCCAACCACAGACAAGCAGAGAAAAAAAAGCAAUUUUGAAGCCUUAAGUAAUGAGUAAGAGGGAUGCGGCAGAUAAGAGGAAGUACUAUUGCUUUUUAAGAGGGUUUAAAAACAAGAAUUUAAACUUGAAAAUAUGUGAAUAGAAGUGUAGUUUUGUAAUGUGAAAAAAAAGAAGGUUCAUCAAAAACGCUGAACCACCCAGGACAGGUCAUAUUUGCAGUGAUGCAGAGUGCGUUGGACAAUUGGAACUGCAAGUGGUAAUCAAAAAACAAAAACCAGAAGGUUAAAAACAGAGAUUCUCUCGGCUGACAAGCUCUCUUGAAAAAUGAGCGUAUUCCUGAACAAGAGCCAACAGAGGCAAUUUGAUAUAUAAAAAUUGUGAUAUUUUUGUAUUCAGUGUCAGUCCUUUUUCCAUUUGUGGAGGGUUACAGCAGGGCACAAAUAUUUGUAUUUUUUUUUUUACCUGUUUUUCCUCUCUGGGUGUGAAUAAUUUUUGCCUUGCUCCUCUUUGAUAUUGUUGGACAAAAAAACAUGUGUGUGAACAUAUUGUAAUAAGUGUUGCUUUCUGGAUGUCAAUUGCAUUGUAGGGUGAAGGACUAAAUCUAUCCGCCACAAAUUUUACGAGUGUGUGUGUGUGUAUGUGACAAUGUAAAAAAAAAAAAAAAAAAAAAAAAAAAAAAAAGAUAAAAUACGGGACGGCAGGGGGGCGCUGCCAAACCGACCAAUUAGUACUUGUCAUUCACUAUUUUUCAAUCAAACUUGACUGUCAACAUAUUUUUUGUUUUGUUUUUGUAUUUGAAAAAAAAGAAGGGAUGGCAUGUCCCGUGGUGUCUUGCCAUUUUAUUCUCAAACACUGUGAGCUGAGGGUCUUAUUCACCCUCAUGUAAUAUCCACCCACUAUAAUAUACCCAGUCACGGCUCAGUCUGAACCACCACAAUGCAAGACCUGAUCAGUCACAUUAUUCCUAUCAUCGUCCUCUGAAUGUUUUCUACUUUUUCGUGCGGGUGAAAGAGUGCGUAAAAGAGUGUGUAACUGUGUGUGUGUGCGCGCGUGUGUGUGUGUGUGUGUGUGUGUGUGUGUGUGUGUGUGUGUGUGUAUUAGUGGAAAAAUGCACUAAUCAGAUCAGAUACAAAAUAAAAUGAUAUUCUAUGCCACUUUUUUUCUCUAUGUUGGAAAAAAAAUAUAUAUAUACAUUGGCAUCGUUAUAGUUCUUCCCUCAGUGUUCCUCCAAUGUUUCUGUACUAUCUUUGUGCCUAAAAAUGGAAUUUCUUCAACAAAAAUAUCCAUCUAUAUCUGCUUAGUUUCUGUAUUUUCAGAAGAAAAUUAAAAUGGUGUCUCCAGCACCCUAGGGAUGUCAUGACGCUUGAAAAUGACCUGUUUUUUUUUUGUUUUUUUUAUCCUGAAUAGAGCAGGGCUUCUUUUUCAAGGACUGCAAUAAACCCUUAAUGCUAUUGAAAUAGCAACUGGGAUUCUGCAUUCACUUCUUUUCUUAGGCCGUACUCUGUGAUUGGUACCCAAAAGCAUUUAUUUAGCGACACAAAACAAAGCAUAGGGAAAAUUUACUGGAAUUCAGACAGGCUGCAGUGGUGAAACUUGCUUUUGGGACAAAAUCUGCUCCAUGAAAUUGUUUUUCUGCAAGCAAAUUAAGCUCCAAGUCUCCACUCAGAUUGUCUAUUCUAUUUUUUUCUCGUUUUUGUCAGCAACAGGUUUGCUGAUGAGAACUUUAUAUUGCUCUUGAAAAAAUACAAAUAAAAUAAAGAAAACCUCCAUUUUGGUAGGUUGGCACUAGGGUAUUCCCCUUCUGCUUUGUUUCAGUUUUUUAAAGUACUUUUUCUUUUCUACAAAAUGCAUUUAGAAGGGGAUGUUAAAUUCAACAGAGAGGAAUCAUGGCAUCCCUGGAGCUGGCACUCUGUGUUUUGGUGUGGUGUUUCUAGAACAAAGUAGCCAUUUCAUGCAGUGUUGCAAUGCAUGUGCCAUCGAGGUCUAGACUAAAAACUGUUUGAGUAACAAAGCACCAAGACAUUGUAUUUUUUUAUAUUAGCACUGAGGACCAAUUGCCCUGUCGGACCAAGCAUAACAAAGCUUUUUAUGUAACAAAGCUUUUCUCUCUCUGUCUUUCCCUGGCUUGUCUGUGCUACUUCUCUCCUCCAUUGUUGUGACAGCACAAGUGCCAGUCAAGUUGCUCUGUAUUAAGAAAAUAGUGUUUUUAUUAUGAUUUGAAUUGUUAUAGUUUUUGUCUACCUCAGCACCUAAUCUUAGCCUAAUCUUAGAAGGUGCCCAAUUAUUAUUUUUUAUUUUCUUUAUUUUGUUCUCUUAUUGUUGUCAGUUGUAUAAUUUUUUGAAAUUUGCAUUAGAGCUUUGCAAAGGUCCUUUGUCUUUUCCAGCGACAACGUGCUAUUUUUUUUUUCCGUGGCAGUACGUUUCCUGUUGAGCUGUGCCACCAAUCUAUAGCCACCGUCUGUUGAUAUAGAGGUUGUUCUUUUUUGUUUCUUUCCAUGUAGAAUCAGACACCUCUCUUUGUAACAUUUCAGUGUUCUCUGAUGGAGUGUGAAAAAAAAUAAAAAGGAAAAAUAAAAGAUUUAAUGCUGCAGGUUCUCUUCUCCAUGUUGUCACUAAAGUCAAUGUUGUGCCUUUGAUAGUGAAAA